GGAUGCUACAGCGGCACAGAAGGAGGAGAGCUGUCUCGGUUUCUCAUCUCUCUCUCUCUCUCUCUCUCUCUCCGCAGUUUUUUCCCAGCUCGUUUCCUCUCCCGGCGGAUGUGUGUAUCGGAUGCUUUAUACGCCUCGGCUCGCCGGUGUCUCACCAAAACGGUGCGGGUUUUCGGCGGAGAUCGUUAGAGAUGCUUAACGGAUUCGGCCCCUGUGUGAAGAGCGGGCUUUAAUCAGAGGAGCGCGUUUUAUUUUUCACUCUGGAUAGCAGUCGGAGGAAUGCCAGUUCCAGACCAGUCCUGCGACAGUGAGAACUCCAACAUGCUGAGCCCAGUACUAAACGCCUCCAACGGGGAUGGAGCUGAGACAGAGACGACCUCUGCCAUUCUGGCCUCCGUCAAAGAGCAGGAGCUGCAGUUUGAGAGACUGACCAGAGAGCUGGAAGCCGAGCGACAGAUUGUGGCCACCCAGUUGGAGCGAUGCAAACUGGGAUCUGAGACAGGAAGCGUGAGCAGCAUCAGUUCUGCUGAUGAGAAGUUUCGCUGGAACAACCAAGACGGACAAAAGGACAUAGAAGAAGAGCUCACCACUGGCCUGGAGCUGGUGGACUCCUGCAUCAGAUCCCUGCAAGAAUCUGGCAUACUGGAUUCCCAGGAGUUUGCAGCAGGUGAAAGAGCAGGCAUCCUGUCCCAGAGUGCUUUACAGCUCAAUAAUCAAGAGGGCACCUUCCCCUAUACUGCUGGUUACCAUAGCAGCCAGACCCUGGCCCUGGGAGACCCGGCGACCUCCCAACCCCUAGCACGCGGUGCUCAGGUGGGAGGAGCCGUGCACAGCUACAAUCAGGUGACAUCUAGCCGUGCAGCCCAGCUGGUGGGCAAUGACCCGGGCGCACAUGCCCAGUCCCGAGACUCACUGGCGCAGAGCCAUGGCAGUGCUUUCCACUUGCCUGACACUCAGCCUUCAGUCUAUUACUCAUGUGCCACCCUGCCAGCUCAACGUGUGAGCUCUCCUCUCUCCAUGCAGGCCCUGGGCUCUCCGUCCAAACUCCAGAGGCUUGGCUCAGCCUCGGACAUGCCCAGCUACGCCACUCUGCAGCGGGUAUCCUCACCCAAGCAGUCGCCCAGUCGCCUGGCCAAAUCCUACAGCACCAGCUCGCCAAUAAACAUGGCGGCCGGAGGAGCAGCAUCUGCUUCACCUGGGCAGGGCAACGCCACUGGCUCCCCCCCUCUCCACCAGCUCAGCUCAGCUGUGGGCAGCUACGCCACGCUUUCACCUGCCAAACGUUUGCUGCACUCCUCCGACCAGUACAAGAUCUCCCAUGAGCUCUAUGCCAACGCGACACUGCAGAGGCCUGGCAGUCUUGCAGGCUCCAGGGGCUCUUACAGCAGUCAGCAUAGCCACCUGGGUACCGAGCUGCGCCCCCUGCAGUCUCCUGAGCACCACAUUGACCCUAUCUACGAGGACAGGGUCUAUCAGAAAGCACCACUGAGAAACUUUACCCAGGGACAGGCUCCAUCCUCUCCUGGCGUCGAGCCCAUCCCCCUACAGCGCACAGGCAGCCAGAACGCCACAGGCACCUUUCCCCGCUCCAAUUAUGCCGCCGCACCGGACUACGCCAACCCAUAUCGCACGCUGCAGUUCUGCCCGUCAACCGACUCACCCUACAGCAAAUCAGGCCCUGCACUGCCGCCCGAGGCCACGCUGGUCAGGUCACCUUCUGUGGACAGCAUCCAAAAGGACCCCAGGUACGACCCUGAAUUCCUUGUCUGGAAUCAAAAUCAAGCCGAACAAAGAAUGACGAAAGAGUUUGGCUGGAGGGAUCCCGAGCUGCCCGAAGUGAUCCAAAUGCUACAACACCAGUUCCCAUCUGUGCAGUCUAACGCUGCAGCCUACCUGCAGCAUCUGUGCUUCGGAGACAAUAAGAUCAAAUCCGAGAUACGAAGACAGGGGGGCAUCCAGCUCCUGGUAGACCUGCUGGAUCACCGGAUGAGCGAUGUUCACCGCAGCGCUUGUGGUGCUCUGAGGAACUUGGUGUACGGCAAAGCCAACGAUGAUAACAAGAUAGCGCUGAAGAACUGCGGGGGCAUCCCAGCCCUGGUGCGCCUCCUUCGCAAAACCACAGAUGUGGAGAUCAGAGAAUUGCUCACAGGUGUGCUAUGGAACUUGUCCUCGUGUGACGCGUUGAAGAUGCCUAUAAUCCAAGAUGCUCUGGCUGUGCUCACCAACACCGUGAUUAUCCCUCACUCUGGCUGGGAUUCCUCCCCACUCCAGGAUGAGCGCAAGCUGCACCUGCACUCUUCACAAGUGCUCCGCAAUGCCACAGGAUGCCUCAGGAACGUGAGUUCAGCGGGAGAGGAGGCACGGCGCAGGAUGAGAGAGUGUGAGGGGCUGACGGACGCUCUGCUCUACGUCAUUCAGACGGCGCUGGGUAGCAGUGAGAUCGACAGCAAGACCGUAGAGAACUGCGUGUGUAUCUUGAGGAACCUGUCCUAUCGGCUGGCGGCAGAGACGUCUCAGGGGCAGCAGCUGGGCUCAGACGAGCUGGACGGGGUGCUGUGCACUGACGCCAGCGGGAAGGACGCCGAAAGCUCUGGCUGCUGGGGCAAGAAGAAGAAGAAAAAGAAGAGCCACGAUCAGUGGGACGGCGUCGGUCCUUUUCCAGACUCUGGUGAUCCUCCGAAGGGGCUGCAGAUGCUCUGGCACCCGUCCAUAGUGAAGCCAUACCUCACGCUGCUGUCAGAAUGCUCCAACCCGGACACGCUGGAGGGAGCUGCAGGGGCUCUACAGAAUCUGGCGGCAGGCAGCUGGAAGGUAGGCCCCACCCCGAAGCCAUGGUCAGUGUAUAUCCGGGCAGCUGUAAGAAAAGAGAAGGGCCUUCCUAUCCUGGUGGAGCUGCUGAGAAUCGAUAACGACCGCGUGGUUUGUGCCGUGGCUACGGCACUCAGGAACAUGGCUUUGGAUGUGAGGAACAAAGAGCUCAUCGGCAAGUACGCCAUGAGAGACCUGGUCCACCGCCUGCCAGGAGGCAACAAUAACAGCAGUGGCGGCGGCGUGGGAAAGAGCAUGUCCGACGACACCAUCACAGCCAUCUGCUGCGCUCUUCACGAGGUCAUUACCAAGAACAUGGAAAAUGCCAAGGCCUUACGUGACGCUGGAGGCAUCGAGAAGCUUAUUGGCAUCGCACGCAGCAAAGGAGACAAACACUCACCUAAAGUGGUGAAAGCCGCAUCUCAAGUUCUGAACAGCAUGUGGCAGUACCGGGAUCUACGCAGCCUGUACAAAAAGGAUGGUUAUUCUCAAUACCACUUUGUGGGCUCCUCCUCUACAAUAGAGAGAGAUAGACAGAGACCUUAUUCUUCCUCUCGCACUCCCUCCAUCUCUCCAGUGAGGACCUCGCCCAAUAACCGCUCAGCGAGUGCCCCCACCUCUCCACGAGAUAUGAUGAGUUUAAAGGAGAGGAAGACAGACUACGAUUUGACUGGAACUAAUCCCGGUUACCAUGGCAACAAGGGCGAGCACACCUCCCGGAAAGACACCAUGGCAGCACAAAUCUCCAGUGGAACUGCCACACUGUUCCGGGGUGCUUACGUGUCUCCCAGUGACGACCUCAAACAUAACCAGGUGUCCGCUCAAGGUAAUCCAUCAGAGGCCUACCCUCCCUUCCAGACUCCUCCAGGAGCUAAUUUCGAGGAGAAUUAUUACGAGGACCAAGCGCACCAACGCCCCCCGCCCACCGCAGACGGCACCCUGCACCUCGGCCUCAAGUCCACCGGCAACUAUGUGGACUUCUACUCAGCCUCUCGGCCCUACAGCGAACUCAACUACGAGACAAGUCACUAUCCUGCCUCGCCCGACUCCUGGGUGUAAGAGGCGGCGGGCAGGGCUGAAAGUCGAGGUGAAGACACGCAGACAGAAACCAGCCCGCAUGUGCAUGAACACUACCGGACACACACACACACACUCUCUCUCACACACACACAGACACACUCACACACACCUUCAGUUUGAAUGGAAGGCACCUACUGAGCUGUUGAGUCACAGUGGUCAUUAGUGACACUCUCACUGAGCAAAUGAAACUGAUGAUGUUCCAGAGAAAGAAUGGGAAAGGAACGUGUUUAUUGGAAAAAAAAUACAAAAAUUUGAAGUGCGAGGACGGUCCACGAAGAAGAAUGGUUUCAGAAAGCAGCGAGAGAGAGAGAGAGAUAGAGAGCGAGAACUGUAACUGCGGUCUAAAGGAGAUGGGGACAUGAAGCACAAGAACAUGUCAUACGUCAACACAAGCUGAGGAAAUAGAUCAGACACAUUUUUAGGACAUCUGUUUGAGUUUGACCCGCUUUUUAUGGAGUGCUUUCUUCACAAGGAGAUUUUUAUCUUCUUUUUUUUUUCUUUUUUCUUUUUUCAUUCUCUUUAUUUUGUAUCUCCUCUUUUUAACUUCUUAAUUCUAGUGUAAAGUAUUUGUUGUAUAUUGCAGAUGUAGAUACAAGUUACAUUGUGUAUAUUACAGAGACAAAAAAAAAAAAAAAAGGAAAGAAACUGACGUGUCCUCCCCUGUGGCUCAUAAUAUCAGUUUUUUUUGGCGUACAGAGGAAAGGCUACUCGUACAUUCUCUUCUGUAGGUAAGGUCAUUUUUGGCACCACAACAAUUUGGCUUUGCUUUUAAAAGCGUUGUUUACUCAAGCUUUUUUUUUUUCUUGGGGAGAACGGUGAUAUCACAGAGCAUCAUCAUUCCACACACAGGGUGCUACACUGCCUGGCAAGAGUUUACCUUCACAUUCCCAUUUUUUUGGCUUUAUUUUGCUCCGAGGUUUUUUUUGUUUUUGUUUUGUUCUGUAAAGGUUUAGUGACCGGUUGCAUUGAAACUCCACUACGCUUCCAGUGAUCUGUGCUCUGUUGUUUUUUUUUGUAAAAUGUGCCAAAUGUGGUUAAGCCUGAACUCGAGGAUGACCACAGUGCUGACAUUGUGUUGAUGUUUACUUUCAACACCAUCAUCACCGAUUCUAACAAUACAAUGUUUUUUUUGUUUGUUUGUUUUUUUACAUUUCAAUGGGAUAGCCACGCACUGCGACGAGACUUGGCUAACAAUGGGAGGGACACGGUCUUUCAGCGCUAAUGUCCCUCCUAAGCUGUAUAAUUCAUUUAUGCUGUGUUGUAAAAUAGAUGACUGAGCAAAGCAGCUUUUUUUGGUUUUGUUUUUAUUUUAAUUUCCAGAAACGAGUGGUUUUUAAGUUCAUCGUAGACUAAUCUGUCAAUAGAUUAUGAAUAUAUAUUAUAUAAAUACAAAUAUAUAUAUAUACAUAUAUAUAUAUAAAUAUAUACUUUUUAUGUGCCGAUGUGGAUGUCACCUAAUGCAGCGACUUUGCAAUGGAAAAAAAAAAAUACAUGUAGGAUUUUGUUCACGUUACUUCUGGUCUUAAAUUUCCUCCAAGCUGUUGCCCUCCUGUUGUCAUGUUGUUGCUGUGUGAAGCAGGUGAGACCAGGGCUCCAGACACCCAGAGCAAUGAUGAGGCCAGGUUUCUAACACAGAAACGGUGCUAAAACACACACAAGUCCUCUUUAUUUUUUUAUUUUUUUUGUUUUGCGUCUUGGAUAACGCGUUUGCUGUUUGAUGUCACACUCUUUCCAAAUAUUAAAGCUGUUCUUGAACGUGUCUCCUCCCCAGAGUGAAGUAGAAGCCACCUCACGACGCCGUCUUCAUGUUUCUACGAAAUCAAAAAUGCAACACUGCGGAAAAAAUUUUUUUGCUGCUAGUCUAGCUCUUAGAAUGAGGUUUUCUUUUUUCCAGUCCCCAUUCUCCUUUUUAUCUCAGGAUAUCUUAUAUUGGUUCUGUAAUGGCUCGGGGAAAGAUCUCUUCCCUUGCGAGAGCAGACUGAAAGACACUGAGAGCAGCAGUCAUGGCCUCUGAUCCAGCUCUUCUUUAACCUGAAGUAGUUGAGGAACGAGUUCUGAAGUGUGGCGGUAAGCCCUGGUCUUCCCUCCAUAUCAUUUUGAGCUUAGAGAUAACUGUCAGAGGCAAGGAACCAAAUGAUAAUCUCCUGAAUUUGUCUCACAUAUCUUUCAGCACUAUCAAUAGUAAACGUCGGGGAAAGAAAAACAAAAAAAAGAAAAAAAAAAACACAAAAAAAAACAUGCACAAAAUAUUUGUGGAAAAAGUAGACAAUGUCUGAAGACUUGUAUUGGAAAUGUAAGUACAUUUUUCUGUUGCUAGACAAAGUGUUUGAGAGAAUUGUGAACCUUUUUAUUGCCAGAUUGCAACUGCUAUAAGAUAUAAACUGACUAUCAAAUCA